AUGGCCCACUCUGCAGCAGGCCUACAGACCCCAUCUGAGGAUGAGUGUCCCAUCUGUAGGAGCACCCUGACGGACCCACAUCACCCUGAUGCCUGUUCUCAUGCGUUCUGCCGCCCAUGUCUGACCCGUUCUCUAAUGUGGUUACCCCACUGCCCUGUGUGCAGAGCUGAGGCGCAGGUUGAUGACAUCAGGCCUGUCAGAGUCAAGGCAGGGAACGUGGUCGUCAGGUUGGGUCAACCUCUACCUGGCUUGUCGGAGCUUUCCACCCCAGCAACAAGAUCUGUGGCAGGUGACGUCCAGAGUUCUGUGGUGAGGAUGACGUUUGUCUGUCCGUUCUGCCAGGAGAGUGGUCUGGAUGAGAGGGAUCUGUGGAUUCACUGCAAUGGCAAGCAUUACCAUGACAACAGGCCCGUGGUGUGUCCAGUGUGUGUCUCUCUGCCUCACGGUAAUCCACACCAAAUUAGCAGGAACUUCAUCAUGCAUCUGAACCUGAGACACUGCUACUAUGCCGAGAAAUACACGAACACCCAUCAAACCGACAUGUUGAACUUGCAAGAUGCCAUUAUUGAGUCUCUCCAGGAUGCCAACCUGAAUCCCAGAUGA